AUGGCUCCCGUGCGACAUUCCGCGACGGGACAGACGGUGAAGGAGAUCUGGACGAGGAGGAGCCCAGUCCCGAGUGGCAAGGGCUGGACAAUGAUAAGACCCGACUCAACCGGCAGUUCAAGCAAGGUUGUAGGGCUGGCGGAGGCCGUUGAGCGCUAUGGCAGGAAAAGGUCACACGGCGCUGACAAUAUGAUGGAGGGCGUAGAGCCUACAACUGAGCGCGAAACACAUACGCCUCCCCGAAAAAAAGCAAGGGCUACGCAUCUUCCGCCAAUUACUACUUUUGAAUGCAGCCGCACCUCCAUCACCACUAUAUGGCCUUCUGCACCUCCUAGCGGUGCCUCUUCCCCUCAACCUCAAGCGCCACUGCAACCGGAUCUUGCCCUCACGACCCUUCUUACUCUUCCCUCUCUUUUAUCACAUUUUACAAGCCUUCCGCAACCGUUACAAUCUCAUUUCCUCCUUACUUAUUACGGCAUUCUCCCCUACCCAGUAUCCAAAGCUUGGCGCGCCAUCAUCGAUUCUGAUCCUGUACUUUGGUCGGAUCUACUCAAAAGCACCAAAAUUUGGUUCGGAGGCGUUACAGAGCGAGCUUUUGCGCACUCGAUCUACGCUAGACGCCGCCUCAAUAUCCCCCCUACUCCCCAGACUCUUCCCCUCUCUCAUCCAUAUAAGAUGCUCUUCAAAUCCGACAACUCACUCGAACUCGAUGGGUGGAUAACGAGAACCGAAACAUCGAUCCUUCCCCGCACACGGCUCCUCUGUGAACUCCUGCAAAUGCUGGAUGGCCAUGAAGGUGGCGUGUGGGCGCUUGCCGCUUGCAAAGACACGCUCGUCAGCGGGUCGACUGACCGCACAGUCCGAAUUUGGAAUCUUGCAACUGGUCGAUGUACGCAUAUAUUUGGCGGUCACACGAGCACUGUCCGAUGUCUGGCUAUCGUCAAGCCAGAGUGGAUCGAAAUCGAAGGCGAGGGCGGUGUCAUAACGAAGGAAAAAUGGCCAAAGCGGUCAGUGAUUGUGACUGGCAGCCGUGACCACUCCCUUCGUGUGUGGACUUUACCUCGUCCCGGUGAUCCUGAGUACAGAUGCUAUGGUGCAGAUGACUCCGAGGCUGACCCAGCUGACGAGGAUGCAGAUGAUAAUCCGUAUCAUAAGAUGCAUCUAGAGGGUCAUGACCAUGCAGUUCGUGCUCUCGCCGCCCGUGGCCGCACCCUUGUAUCUGGCAGCUAUGACUGUACUGUAAGAAUAUGGGACAUCGUCACUGGCGAAUGUAAAUGGGUGCUUGUGGGCCACACACAGAAAGUAUAUAGUGUUGUACUUGAUAUCCACCGUCAGAUCGCCUGUUCGGGGUCCAUGGAUGGCACUGUUCGACAGUGUCAACAUACAUUGACUGGGCCACACAUCGCUCAGCUGCGCCACACCCUUGCUGCCCAUACGGGCGCUAUUACGUGCUUCCAACACGACGAGUUCAAGGUACUCAGCGGGUCAGAUGGUACGCUCAAGAUGUGGAACGUGCGCGAUGGUACCGUCGUCCGUGAUCUUUUGACAGGCAUCCAGGGUGUUUGGCAGGUGGUCUUCGAGGGUCGCUGGUGUGUCGCUGCCAGCAAUCGAAAUCCUGCUACAGAUGAAUGGAUUGGAGAACCUCCAAGUGGUUUCUAUGAUGACGACACUGAGGAGGAAGAUGAGGUGGAAGAAAUAGAACAAGCAGAUGUAGACGCAAUGGACCAGGACCCUCGAACGAGUAGAAGGCAUCAGGCAUCGAAGUGGGCGCCUCCUUCCAAACCCUCCGGUCAUCAACGCAAUCGCCCAGUCCUUGGCGAACCUUCAGGCAGAGCGAUCUCGCACCCAGCGGAUGGUAUACCUUCACGCUUACCACCCAUCAAUGAGACGCCCACGCGUCCCAGAAUACGCCAGAAGCAAAGGCGUUAA